UAGUUUCGUGCGAGCCGGCGUCGCGUCCGCAUCGCCGCCUGGGGAGAAGUGCGCGCGCGCGCGUGUGUGUGUGUGUUGGGUUGCGCGUGUGGGCUUCCCGCGCGCGCGCGUUGUCUGCGGCCGAGUGCACCUCGACUCCACCACUCUCCCUCCUGCUCGCGGUGCGUGGUUCCCGCCGGUGCGUCGCGCCGACCCUCGCCGGAGGGAUACGCCCCGAAGUGACCCGGCCGUGAGCGGCGGACCCUGACACAUCCCCCGGGACUCACCGACACAACUGGAGGACACGGCUUCAGGCGCCUGACUUCAGACUUAGCAGCGAACGUGAUAACCUUUCAGCCCUGCUUCCGCCUGCGGCUAACCGGGAUGCGAUCGAAAGGAAGGGGAGCGAAAGAAGAACAGAAGAACGGGUAAACAAGGGGAGAGCUGAAGAUGUAAUAAGCUUCUAUUGGGCCCAUUAGGAAAAGGAAAGAGUCUUUCCGUUCAUUUUCUAGAGUUUCUGACGGUCGGCCUGACGUCUCAAGAGCUCUGAAGACGGCUAUCGCGGGAGUCGUCGUUGACGACUUCUUUCAGGCAUUGGAAGGCGAGGCCAAUCGAGGCGUAUGGGAAUUGUCAGCGGCUGCUACUGUCUAUCAGACCCGUAAACGAAACGGCAGCGAGGCUACCUGUGGGGGAGGGGGAAGAACAAUUCUAGAGGGUAGGGGCAUGUCGCGGUCGUAAAGUGGUUCCCCGGCCAGCCUGUGGCCCACCUUCCCGGCAGUAAAACUUCUUCUUCCUGGUCAGAGGAAAAGGGUCGACCAGAGAUGUCCUCGGAGCUUCGCCUCGCCCGAGCUGUGCACUUGGAGGAUCCUGAAGUAAACGCCAUUGCGUCGCUUUGACGUCACUUAACUUUUCUCGUCAGUCAUCGCCGAGGUUUUACAACAUAGUUAAAAAAAACAGAUAAUUUGUCAGAAUCCUCAUUCCCUAACAGUAAAAAACCUUUAUAGUCAAGAUCAUUAUUCGUCAGGAUCGUCAACAACAGACAAGAGCGUCUGCACGUUUGGACCGAUUCGAGUGUGCGCUACGCAUUUCCGUGGGACAUUGCUCGAGGGGUGGUGUCUUACUUCAGUGACCGCUAUAGCGUUUCGUCGGGGAAAUUAAAAAAAAAAAUAACAAACAAAAGAAAGCGCUCGUCAUCUUGCGCGAUGUCGUAGCCGCUGACUUCGUUUGACUUUACCCGUCGGAUGUCAGCUUCCAGCUCCAGCGUCGCCGGCGAUACCUGGAGCCUCUCCUUCGCGACAUGGAUGUGAAGUCCCGCAGGGCAAAGGGGCGGGGCAUGGAGGUGCUCGGCCUGUCCUCCAGGUGUCUGCUCGGGUGCCUGCUGAUCUUCGUCGUCGAACCUGCGCUGUCGGCGCAGAAGGACGCCUCGGCCAGCGGCAACUCGCUGGACUUCGCUGGGUCGCGCGGCGGGCCCUACUUCGACAAGCUCGCCUCCAGGAACGUGACUGCGCUGCUGGGCAAGACGGCCUACCUCAACUGCCGCGUCAAGAACCUCGGCAACAAGACGAUGUCGUUCCAGGUGUCGUGGGUGCGGCACCGCGACAUCCACCUGCUGACGGUGGGCAGGUACACGUACACGAGCGACCAGCGCUUCCGAGCCAUCCACCACCCGCACGGCGAGGACUGGACGCUGCAGAUCAAGUACCCGCAGCACCGCGACUCGGGCGUGUACGAGUGCCAGAUCUCCACCACGCCGCACAUGUCGCACUUCAUCCACCUCAACGUGGUCGAGCCCACGACGGACAUAAUCGGCGGGCCGGACCUGUACAUUGACCGAGGGAGCACCAUUAACCUGACGUGCGUGGUGCUGUUCAGUCCGGAGCCGCCUGCCUACAUCUUCUGGAACCACAACGAAGCGAUCAUCAGCUACGACUCGCCGCGCGGCGGCGUCAGCGUCAUCACGGAGAAGGGCGAGACGACGACCAGCUUCCUGCUGAUCCAGAAGGCGCGGCCGUCCGACUCGGGCGUCUACCAGUGCAACCCCUCCAACGCGCAGCCCAAGAGCGUCACCGUGCACGUGCUCAACGGUUCGUCCCUGCCGGACAUGAGCGCCCCCCACCCAUGGAACGUGACGUCAUCGCACGCGACCAGCGGAGCUCCGAGCUGACGGCGCGGACUUCGCUUGGAGCACGCGUCGAACAGCUUCCCGGAGCUCUGCCCCGUUCUGAGUUUCUGCGUUCUGUGUUUCUUCCCGUCGUCGAUGUGAAAGAAAAAAUAAAGAAAAGAAAUUUUUGUGUCGGAUGCUUUGCGGGGCUUUACUUCCUUCGAACAACCAUUUUUGUUCAAUAACAACAUUCUCCCACACAAAAAAAAAUUAUUCUAUCAGAAAUUUGAUAAGUGUUAACAUGAAAACUUGAACUACAUAUAUUUGUAAUACAAUGUUCAAUGAAGUUAAGACAGUUCAACACUGAAUGUUCGAGGUUAUGUUCAUAGUUUAAAAACAAAAACAAAAAAAAAAAAGGUCGACACAGUGCUUCUAUUGGAAAGAAAAAAAACGUUAUUUUUAAUCGAAUUUUUUUUUCAGAUACUUGCUUGACUGGUUUAGAUUAUCAGCACUAGUGACACAAUACAUAAAGCAAUUAGUUUUAAUUUUAAAAUGUUUAAAAAAAAUAAGCGAAGUCUUCUCAAACAUUGUUAAAGGGUGUUUUAAUAUAUAUAUUCGUCAAAACGUUUCACUAUAAUGUUAUUUUAUUACGUAUGGUGCAUUUUCACAGUAGCACCAUGUCAAAUACCGAAGACAGUGUAAGUUUUGGUAAAAAAAAAAAAAAUAUUCACCAUCGUACCCUCCAAAAUUAAAUGAAACCUGCAAUUACUUUAGUUAAUUUUAUGGUUCUUAAUUAAUAACAGUAUUGUCUCACUCAAUAGUACCCAAUGUAAUAAAUAAAAAAUAUGUGUUAAAAAUGUUUUAUUGGUGGUAUCCAAACAGUUCCUAAAAUUGCACUCUGACUUCUUUCGAAAGUAUUUCAAAUAUAUUUGCUGAAUGUUCUAUGCUCUGUGGAUUAUUUUCCGUGCUUUUCUUACCAUCUGUGUGUUUAAAGUAAUUUUUUUCGGUAUUCAAGAUAUAAAUUUUGCGUUGUAGAUAGUUGCGAAAUGUGUUUACUUAAGAGAGCCAAAAAAAAACUAUACCGAACCAUUUGCCUAGCUUAAAAUAAAAACAGGAGCGAUAAACAUGAUACAUUUUAUGAUUUUUUUUAGUUUAUUAACGUUGGAAGAUAGGGCUGCAUGGCUUUCGUUACAGAAUAACAAAAUUUCUCACAAUGUAAUUUAUGUUUUGUUAAAAAAAAAAAUUAAAAA